AUGAAAACAUCAUUUGAUACUUUUAUUUCUGAAUUUCAACAAACCGAUAAUCCUGAUGAGAAAUAUACGUUAAUAGAACAAAUUAUUUCCUCGUUGGCUAUUAUACCAUAUGGACAUAAAAAUCUUACAAAGUCUGAAAUGAUCGCACACAAGGUUUUUGUCAUUUUACGUGACUAUGUAAUUAUCAAUCAACUUCGUCAAAAACACGCAGAAGACACUAGUUCACAGAAGGUCUUGCUGAAUGUUUCAUUAUUGUUCAUGAAUCUAUGCAAUAAUAUCAACGAAACUAAUAUUACUGUAUUCAAAAGCCUAUUUAUUCAUAAACCAUUGAUCGACGAACUUGCAAAUUGUCUUCAUGAGAUAAGUACACAUGGCAAAUACUUGAAUGAUCCUUCACGUCUCCGUUCGGUUAGCUCCUUAUUAAUAGCAUUGCAGAAAAUUCGAAAACACAAUUUCACAGCACUUGAAUAUUCGCUCAUUGCACCAAUACUUUUUUCUGUUACUCAAUGUUUAUGCUCAUCAUAUGCCCUUGACAUGAUCAAAAGUUUGGAACGAAAUUUCAUUCAAGAACUUGAUGAAGUCCAAAUGCUGUUUCUGUAUGCUAUGCCAUUAAUAUUAUUGAAUGACUUUACAGCAUGGUUUACAAGCUGUCAACCAGAAUCCUAUCUUCAACGUUCCUCUCAAAUCGAUGCUAUGAUUCGUCAUCUAAAUUAUUUUCUCGUUCGCCCCACAGAAUUUGACAGUAUGAAUAUUUUUAGUGAAGAAUUUUAUGAUGACUACUGUAAAUUAGUUUUACAUUGGUCAUCAAUUUUGUCGUCAAUCUUGGCAUGUUCUUCCUGUACAAUGAAUGUCAAAUUAGCAGCACGAACCAGCGUUCAAAUUUUGUAUAAUUUAACAUUACAUUUAAAUGUACUCAAUUUUAUGAAGACGAUACCGAGUUUUAUUUUAAUGCUGCUGAAAGUAACUGAUCUUGAUCAUGAUGAAGUGCAAUUGAAUGCAUAUCGUUGUUUGGGUAAAAUUAUGAUCGAAGCAGAUAUUAAAACUAUGACAAAGCCGAGCAAAAUUGCGGCCGUAUAUAUUGCAUUUCUUAAAGAUACUAUCGACGAUUCGAAAAAAACAGAACGAUUUUAUAGUCUAUUGGAAAGUUUGAAAAGUAAGUUUUUAUCUAUUGUAUUUUUUUAUGAUUAA